UGUUGUGCCCUGAUUCUCUCGCUGUUGGUCUCACCACUGGAUUUAUUGCGCGGUAGACGGACAACCCAAUUUUUCCAUAAAACCUUGCGUUUCAACGCAGCACAGUUCACGUCUAUUCUAAUCUCUCAAGUCAAACCGUGGAGUGAAACAGAGGAUACCUACUGGACUUGGGGUGGAUGCCAACAACUGAGAGAAGACUGUUUUUGGUUCAGUCAUCGGGCGACAGCAGGAAAGGUGCACGCGUUCAGAUGCUCAGUUGGCAAGGGCUUUUUUUCCCCCUGGCGAUAACGGGAGAUGCUGCUGAAGUUGCAUUGGCGCCAUUCCGUUCUCUCUGUCUCUCUGGUUUUAAUCUUUCCAUGUUGGGACAAUACAUUUGGCGAAGGGAGAUGUGAAGAGGCUUAAAGUAUGGCAUGCAAAGAUGGUUUCUGCCAAGAAGGAGAUGGUAACUGCGAUGUACCCCAGUUACAUUUCGACUCUCUUCUACUUUUUCUGCUUGAUUGCUUGUGUAAAGAGAAUCUCUGGAACGAUAAAAAAGGAUGACAGAAUAUAUCCCGAGAAUUUCACACGCAUUUUAGACAGACUACUGGACGGGUAUGACAACAGACUGCGACCUGGAUUUGGGGGUCCGGUGACAGAGGUGAAAACAGACAUUUAUGUGACAAGUUUUGGGCCUGUCUCUGAUGUUGAAAUGGAGUACACCAUGGACGUGUUCUUCAGACAGACAUGGGUCGACAGGAGGCUGAGGUAUGAGGGUCCUAUUGAGAUCCUCCGACUCAACAACAUGAUGGUCGCCAAUGUGUGGACUCCUGACACCUUCUUUAGGAAUGGCAAGAAGUCUGUGGCACACAACAUGACUGCCCCCAACAGGUUGUUCCGCAUCAUGAAGAACGGCACGAUUCUUUACACCAUGAGGUUGACUAUCAGUGCAGAGUGUCCCAUGAAGCUUGUGGACUUCCCCAUGGAUGGACAUGCAUGCCCUCUCAAGUUUGGAAGCUAUGCAUACCCUAAAACAGAGAUGAUAUAUACCUGGACCAAAGGACCACAGUAUUCAGUGGAGGUUCCCCCAGAAUCCUCCAGCCUAGUACAGUAUGAUCUCAUUGGCCACACUGUCAGCAGUGAGGAGGUCAAGUCAAUCACAGGUGAAUACGUGGUGAUGACAGUAUACUUCCACUUGAAGCGGAAAAUGGGCUACUUCAUGAUUCAGACGUAUAUCCCCUGCAUCAUGACAGUAAUCCUCUCCCAAGUGUCCUUCUGGAUAAAUAAAGAAUCGGUCCCGGCUCGAACAGUCUUCGGCAUCACCACGGUCCUGACCAUGACCACGUUAAGCAUCAGCGCACGCCACUCCCUCCCCAAGGUCUCCUACGCCACCGCCAUGGACUGGUUCAUUGCCGUGUGUUUCGCCUUUGUCUUCUCCGCUCUCAUCGAGUUCGCUGCCGUCAACUACUUCACCAACGCAGAGAUGGAGAGACUGAAAAGGAAGCCACCAAAAUGCCCGCCGGCACCCCAAACAACCCCAGUGAAAGUGAAGGAUAUGGAGGAAGUUCUGCAGCAUAACCCUGACACCAAUGGUAACCUGCGGAAACGGAUGAACUAUAUGUCCCAGCUAGAUGGCCAGAAAGCUGAAUCCAACAGCACAGCAGCGGCAAGAGGGGUAACCAGGAAACAACCCCAGUCUGUCCAAUCAUCUUCAUCCAAGGGGGCAACUGGCGGUGCCAUCAUCCUACCACACUCCAGCCCCGGCCCCGCCAGCCAAUCCAACACUUCCUCCUUGACCCUGUCUGCCAUGAACAUGCCCCUGGCUCCACCCACAACUGAGAGAGCAAUGACAAUACCAGCCAACCAGAGCCAGCCCACUGCUGACUCCUCGCUCCAGGACCUUCUAGGACCCAGACUGGAGCACAUUCACCUCAUGGGCAAAAAUGAGCCCAAGCAGUCGCCAUGCUCCCAGCCGACCGCCGCCAAUAUGGGCGGGACCAGUAAAAUCGACAAGUAUGCCCGCAUCCUGUUCCCGGUGUCCUUUGGCGCAUUCAACAUGGUCUACUGGGUGGUUUACUUGUCCAAAGAUACCAUGGAGGCCAAAUUUAGAGGCCAAAUCUAGUUUCUAACUCCUCUUGGGGUCAUUUUGGGAAUCAUUUUCUACAAAAUGUAAAAUGACAGGAGGAAAAAGAGCUUUGGAGACAUGGGAGAUUAAAUCAUUUUUCAACUAACAAGGAAACCAAAUAUGCUGGACAAGAGCCUCAAAAGAUUACACCCAGGAAUACUAAUCUCAGCACAUCUGUUUGUUUCAUUUCCGAGAAGUCUUCUGAGAAUGAGCAUGGUAACAAAACCAUUUUAAAAAUGUCUGAUUCGAACAAAUAUCACAACUAUCCCCUGGGUGGCCAUAUCCAAUAUGCAAUACAGUAAGGGUUUGAUGGAUUGGUUAGUUGUUUUAAUGUUAGUGAGUAGAGUAACGGCUAAUAGGUCCCUCUAUUCUUAGCAGGCAUUGCGCCAACGACAAAGGAUAAGGACAAUAUCACUGAAGAUGAGCUGGACACACAAGUCGCAAGGUGUCGAGCAUAUGAACAAGAAGAUUUUGGGUGUAUUUUCUCCCUUACUGAUGACCAGAAGUAAAUGACUGGGUAUGUUGUCAUUUUGUUCUUGUAUCAAAAGUAGAUACAUUUUUGUCCACUCAAGUCUAAUUUGUGCUCCCAAGUCUAUACAGCAAACCUCGACCAAGCUUUGUUAAAUAGCAUAGAAUGAGGAUACCAAAUACCAUAGAUGCUGGCCUAUUUACUUCACUCAGUACCCUACAAACAACAUUUCCAGGGGGGUAAUGUUCUUCUAAGCCCCAUUAGUUCCCUCCAAAAACAUUCUAGGAAGUCUUUGUUUGAAUGUUCAACUAUGAAACGAUGAGUGUUUUUCUUUAACAUUGUCCGUUUCUGGAACAUUGUGUACUAAUGUAUUCAAUCAAUAUUCUUCUUUCAUGUUAACUUACAAAGGAACAUAUUGUAGGAACCCUUUGGUUUGGGAACGUUUCCUCUGAGAUCGUGAGUGUUUAUUUGUUAGCAAAUGUGGGGCCUGAUUCAUACCUGUUAUUGUGCAUCAUGUGUGCAGAGGAAGGGUCAUUCCCCAUAACCAAAUUCCUACUAUUAAAUGUAGAAUGGCAUGCACUACCAUGAGUCCAUCGGGACACGCCCAGAAGUUCUGUUGGUUACCCACUGGGCGCACUACGUCAUUUCAACAUGGAAAUGUUGGUAAUAUUUGGUUGAGACGUUGAUCAAAAAGAUUUCAACCUUUUAUUCACCCACUCAAAAAGAAAGCCAUGAGUUUAUUAAAUUCCCAAUGUGUUAUCACUGUGCUUUUACCCCUCUAACAGCACAACCAAAUUCCAAUGGGAAAAACAAUGUCGGAUUUUUGGUUUAGUUGUCAUCUAAAUGUGUUAUUAGUGCGCUUUCAGCCGUUUUAAAAAGCAGAACAAAGUUCAAAUGGAAAUACAAUGUUAGAUGUUGUAUUUAUAGACGAACUUCAUGUGUUAUCACUGUGCUUCAUCUAAUAGCGGAACCAAAUGACCUGGGUUGCAGUUGAGCUGACAUUUAAAGUGCAGGUGGCGCUGUCGCGAUUCUGCGCAGAUUAUUAUAGCAAUUGUGAAGAUCUCCGCAGACCUGCGACCUUUGCAUGCUGUCUUGAACAUGCACGCUUUCUAUGAUUACAUAAGAAGACAUUUAGUAACAGUAACCUCGGUGUGGCCAUGGACGUGUUACUCAUAUUAGGUUCAUUAAGUACUGUUACAUUAGUUUGUAAGAUAGCCUUAACUUCAUGCUAUUUACUGUAUUACAAAAGUAAUAUUGAAUUGUUUGUCACCAAAUAUCAAAGUUUAAAGGAGACGUUCUGUAUCUAAUGAUUGGAAAGUUUCAUCUGUGCCACUGGCUUAAUCCGAUUCUUUAAAAUGUUGAGUUUUGGUUGAGAUGGAGGUAUAUAAAUUAUUAAAUUGUAUACAAACUGGAAUCAAAGCCAGUCUGUCAGUGGCAAAGAACUAUCCAAACAGAAAAUACAUCUCCUUCAAAUGUUAAUAUUUGGUUGCGUUGAAUAACAAAACAAAACACAACUCCAUAUCCAGCUUGUCUAAAAAUGAAUAACUGACGUUGGAUUCACGUCUCCAUCUCAACCAAAAAGUUAAAGUUAAAGAAUAGGACUAAAUAAAAUCAAAAGGGAAAUGUACUUUAUUCAAAGUUUGAUUUAGUACUAUUCUUCAACUUAGAUUUUUGGUUGAGAUGAAGACGUGUAUCCAACAUAAUAAUUAAUAACUUUAAACCUUUAAAUCAACCAAAGCUUGAAACCCUCGACCCAUGUGUUUUUAGUUGAACCCUGGGUUGAAUUGAAACAGUAGCUGUUGAGGACUUCGCACAUGUUAUAUAGACCUGAAUAGUAUCAUUGAUGAUAUUGUGUACUUAUAAAGUAUGGUUACAUUUCAUUUGCUUUUUUAAUAGUCAUUCUCCCCAUAGCACAUUGGUAGUAGUCAGUGACAUAUCGAAGCUGGGCUUGGUUAAAACCCUGGAUGUGAGACAUUUACAUUACAUUUAAGUCAUUUAGCAGACGCUCUUAUCCAGAGCGACUUACAAAAUACCAAAGGGAUAGAUCAAUUCUCCAGUAGGAGGUGCUGCCCAGCCUAUAUUUUUUUUCCUGAUAGUGAGUUUAACGUUGAAGGUCUGACAUUGGUACAAAUUCAACAUAUUUUAUACAAGGUUCGUGUAUGUUGAAAGUUGGUUUCCCUGAUGACAUAAUCCUGUGGUUUUAAAUAUCACCCUCAAAAAAACAGGUUACGUUCUUUUUUCAAAUCCAUUGUAUUUUCCACAUUGAUUCCACAUCACCAUACAUUGACAAAUUAAAUUGAAACAACGUUGGUUCAACCACUUUGUGCCCAGUGGGUAGGGACUUGGUGGGAAAGUGUGCUAUGUAAUUCUCUCUGAUCGUUAGGUAUCGAGGGUCUUUAUAGGGUCUCUAUGCCAACUUUGGAAAGAUUUCCACUGAUAAGUUACAGAAGUCUACAUGGUCAAUUCUUACACUUGUGCUAUGUCCAUAGCAUCCUCUUACGGUGAAAGUGUACUUCUGUCUAAUCUUUCCCUGAUGGCAACUCUCCUCUCGCGUUGUCAGCUGAGGUGAUGUCACCUGCAGAGGCAUGGUCGGUGAUCAUGCUGAAGCUUGGUUUCCUGCAGUGCUAAUGGCUAUUAUCACCCAGACAGGUCACACAUCGAUGGCCCCUCUGUCACUGUUGACGUAAUAGUGCAUUUCUUCCAUUUCCUGAAGGUGGGGCUCAAAACAGAGGCUGAUGGACAGAUCAAGAUGUCUGCCUCAGCUUCAUGUCUCCUCGACGCACUCGUGUGAAAUUGAUUCUGCCCCCCCACCCCCCCAACGUCACGCACACACUCAUCGUCCCCUUAACAAAACACACAUCCACGUACAACAACACUCUUUAAGGACCUUGUUAGCAGCAGGUGAGAUGGUGGUUUGAUGCAUUUCUCUGUGUUCUAUUUUCCCAGCUGUCCCCAUUGUUUUCUGUCUCAAUAACACACCUUGCCUAGGGAUUGAUGUGGGUGUCAUCGGUGGGUCGCCUUGCUUGUUUAAACAAUCCUAGGCUAGACGGCGGCCGGCUAAUGAAAGUUAGGUCUUACGUAAGGAGCUCCUGGAUGCUGUUUGGGAGCGGCAGAACAGAGGAGAAGUGUAGUGAGUCUAGUGGAAAUAGCCAGAGUGCUCUUGCAGAGGAUGUGGUUGACUGGUUACAUCUGAUACUUAAGCAUCUACCUGGGUGGUUAGCAUCACCAUAGCAGAGGGAGAUAGAGGUAUUGCCUAGGCCCAAUGAGGAAACACAUCAACGUCACAGUUUUUUUUUUUCUUAAGUACAAUAUAUAUUUUUUUUAUGUCCUGAAUAUCUGAGGCUGCUUAGAAGAAGCAGAUCUGGGAAAUAAUGUGUUAAAACACCGCAAACCCGGACAUAAACAGUCCACCACUGUUAAGCCCAAGUGUUGGAUUUUCUUUUUUUUUAAUUGCCCACUGAGAACAUCGUUAGAGACAUGGUCCUGAAGGUCAAUAGUUCAAUUUAUAGGACAUACGUUGGUUUUCAUAACGCCCUGUUCAUUGUCGCAUAUUAAUCAGAAACGCAACUCUUUCAAAGGUCCUUUUUAUCAUAUGUAUUUUUGGUUCAAUAAUAUGUGGGGUUACAUUUCAGUGUAAUUGUGUCUUACACAAAAGUCUUGUGAGGUUUGUGUUCUUAUGCGGUAACUAUAAUUUCAGCUUGGAGAUCACGUUAAGCUUUCCUCCACCCAUUUGUAUGGUUUUAACGAUUACUGUCAUAUUGGACUCAGGUACAGAGCUUUGUCUUUGUUUUCUGUUUUCGGGAUAAAGCUUAUUCCUCGAUCUACUGCCAUUGGAAGAUAAUCAUAUUUGGUAAAUGACUUGGCAAUGGAAGUCUUUGUCUCUGAGAAACACUGGAGAUUGAAAAUGAUUUAUUGUGCAAUUAAUUAUGUGCGCAGAUAUCCAUAAUUGUCUUUGGAAUACCUCCAGAGACCAGAACCAAGCCCAGGAGAGAAAUAUAACUACAAUAAGAAUUGGGAUGGCAUACACAUGGGUGGAACUUCUUAAGUAUAUAUUUUGACUUCUUUCCAAAAAGGUCAACCCUUACAACACAUUGUGGACUCCUCCUGACUGUACAUACAACAAUAACCGAAUGUCUUUGUACAAAAUACUGACGUUUUUGUAGUCACGAGAAUAUUUAUCGUUGCCCUAUGCAAGAAUGACACUAUAGAAUUGUUACAUAGUUGCCCAUGCUGGGUUCCUUGGUGAGGAAGUGACAUCACCAUCAGCCAAAUAAACAGAGUGCAUAUGUUACAGCAUUUGGUAGUACUGUUUUCUCCAUCUUCUCUUCCUGAAGAAUUCAGCAGGUUUUGUGUUACUAUAUGUUAUGUGGUCAGCCAUUAGGCUAUAUAGUUAAUGUUCCAGCCAUGUGUCUUCUUCAGCCCCCUAUCUGGUAAAAGGCUUGUAUUGUGAUGCGUUUUAACAAACAAAAAAAAUAAAUAACUAGGUGAAUCUGUUUGUAUAACAAAAUGUUUACAUCCAUAUUAGGACAUCCCUAACCCCUAACACAGGUCAAACAUAAACCCUCCAGUUUUGUCCCGUUCUCUCUUUUUUUGGACAUCCUAACCCUUAGGGCUAAAGUGUUACAAACUGCAGAGUGCAAAGUAACUGCAGUGACAGCCCCCGUGUGAAAAAUAAUAAUAGCUUGGCUGUAAAUAACAUUGACAAUUUGUCGGUGCUUGACUGGGCAAUUUCACAAAGCAAUUAAAGCAUAAUUAAGAAAUAUUACUUCAUAGACGGUUGGCUAAGCGCAUGUCACUGACAAGUGCUAGGCAAAGGGCUGAGGGCUGUGACUCGUGCUUGUUGUGUCCUGCUGCUGCUAUCCCCAUUUUACACAGGGACAUCUCACUGGUUAGCAUCUGCAUGUCACAGCAGUCAAUGGUGUGAGCAACUCGACAACAACCCCAAACUGGAUUGAAAUGAGGAAAUGUCUCAAUUAGUAGAGUAUUGUGUCCGAGUACAGUAUUGGUGGUGACAUAUAUGCAUGUACUCUACUGUGGGUUUUUCCUCUCUUUACCCACAACAGUUUUGUCUGUUCAUGUAGCCAAUUGCUUCUUUGAUUAUAGUAAGGAAAGACAGUUGUACUAAUCUCAUUUUCAUAAUCAGGGGUUAUAUUUCAUUAUUCAAAAUGAUUGGAAUCCUUACCUUGCUUCUUACCUUUGCCAAAAUCAACUCACAUCCUCUUCAUGUCCAUAAAAGGUCAACACACUAGUCUGUCCUACUUUAAAUAUGUUUACUAUAAUGCCCCCUGCUGACAUGUUAUGAUAUUACACAAUAAACUGAAAAUACUGUAGCAGCAAUAACUAUAAAGCCUUACUGUUUUUUAGUGUACGUUGUCAGAAUUUGCCUACUGAUAAUGAGUCUUGCAGCCUAAUCUAAGGGGACAGAACUAUACAAAUGUAAACAUCUAAGCUACCAACCUUUUACUGAAAUAGACAUAUUAACCCAGAGGUAUUUCAUUUGUGAUGUUUUGGUAGUGAUUAGGGCAUAUUUAUAGAUUUAGUCAUGUGUUAUAAGGUUGUGUUUUGUUGGAUUCUUUUUUGUACUGCCCUCAACUACGCUUUUCAAGAUGAUAGGUCCUGACUUUGUGUGGUGUGAUAAUGAAAGUUGUGGGUGUAUUACAUUUUCUUACAUAAUAUUUUGUUUUCCUAGUAUCUUGUACCCUACCAAAAACAAGAGUGCUCCAGCAUCUGUGGUGCUUGGACCUCUAAGUUCAGAAAUGCAUUCACAUACAAAUGUACACACAUUCAUCUAUACUCAGUGGUGGAAAAAGUACCCAAUUGUCAUAACGGUAAAGAUAACUUAAUAGAAAAUGACUAGUA